AUGCAAAAAAUUAAAAUGCCCUACGCUAACACUCCAACUGUCAAUGUGAGUGAAGUAACAGCAGACAAUAUUAAAUUUGUGAUUGAAAACACCGAUUUAAGUGUGGCGAAUGGAAUACGACGAUGUAUGAUAGCUGAAACACCGAUAAUAGCCAUCGAUAGUGUACAGAUAGAUUCAAAUACAACGGUGUUAUUUGAUGAAUUUUUAGCACAUCGAAUUGGUAUGAUACCAUUGUAUAGCGAAGAAUUAGUUGACAGAAUGUUAUAUCAUCGAGAUUGUUCAUGUGAAGGAUAUUGUCCGAGUUGUUCUGUAGAAUUAACGUUAGAUGUUAAAAAUAAAGAUGAUCAAACACGUCAGGUAACAACAGCCGAUUUGAUUUCAACUGAUCCACGCUUAGUGCCGGUAACAUCACGCUCAAAAAAUGAUGAUGAAACACAAGAUUUAUAUGUCGAACAUAUUUUAAUUGUUAAAUUACGUAAAGGCCAAGAAUUAAAAUUGAAAGCAUAUGCACGAAAAGGAUUUGGUAAAGAGCAUGCCAAAUGGAUACCGACAUGUGGUGUAUCAUUUGAAUAUGAUCCUGAUAAUAUUUUACGGCAUACUGUUUAUCCAGUGCCAGAAGAAUGGCCUCAUUCAGAGCAUUCCGAACUACCAGAGGAUCAGCAUCAGGGUAUAUUUGAUCCAAAUAAAGCUCCAAAUAAAUACUAUUUCAAUGUUGAAUCAAUUGGGGCACUUAAACCCGAAACAAUUGUGUUAUCGUGUUUAAAUGUUUUGAAAAAAAAACUGAGUGAUUUACAAACACUGCUGAAACAUGAAGCUCAAGAAGCUUUAUAG